AGGGUUAUAUGUGCACUACAGGACUGUGGGUGUUGGAGGGAAUGUUCUCAAGAGACUUAUAAUAUCCAAAAUUCCCACGUACCUCAGAGGUGCAACAAAAUUGAUGAGGCUGUGGGUGUUAAUGAGCUGCCUGGGUGUGUUGCUGUUGAUGUGCCAGCCAGACCCCAGCCACGCCCAGGACUGGAAGGAUCUUAUUAAUCCUGUCGUCAACAAGUUAAAAGGAUUACUGAAAGGUGGUAUAGUUAAAUUCCUGGACUUCCGCUGCCGCUACAGUGUCAUUCUGCACAAGGACAAAUCCCAGACUUACUUUACGGCCAAAAUGUGGUGUCCGAGAAUGUCCAGGGCCAAGG